AUGGGCCACAACAAAUGCAAACAGGGUGAAGAUGGCAAUAAUGCCGUCACAACAAGAAGAAUGAGAAGAUUGUGGCUUCAUCAGAAACCAAUCAUACUUUUCUUUGUCACAGUGAUUGUACUUAUAUAUGUUUUUACAAUUGUAUAUUUAAAAGUUAAAGGUCCUAAUACCUUCAGAUUAACAAGAGUGUUUGAUAGACAGCGACUGACAAUAAAAUAUGGGAUUGAUUGCUCAGCAAUAUAUGAUAUGGAACCAGUGGAGGUGGGAAAAUCUCUAGCCGUCCGUAAAAACAAAAGCUAUUUGGGCCCAGCUGACAUGAAUAUUGUGAAUGUCACCUCAGAUUGUGAUUGGUUUAUAGCGUCAAAGGGUUAUGGUGUGUUACAUGGCUCUGAGUCUGAGCGUGAAUUUCCUCUUGCUUACUCUCUGGUCGUUCAUAAGGAUGCAGAUCUUGUGGAGAGGUUGCUAAGGGCCAUUUAUAUGCCACAUAAUGUUUACUGUAUACAUUAUGACCUUAAGUCUUCAGAUGACUUUAUUUCAGCGAUGCAAGGUCUGGCCCGCUGCAUCCCUAACGUCUUCAUUGCUUCAAAACUGGAGAGGGUGCAGUAUGCAGGCAUCUCACGCCUCAAAGCAGAUCUUAAUUGUCUGUCUGAUCUCCUGGAGUCUGAGGUGAAGUGGAAGUAUGUCAUCAAUCUGUGUGGUCAGGACUUUCCACUGCGGACAAAUGCUGAACUGGUGUCAGAUCUAAAGAUGCUUAAAGGCAUGAACAUGGUGGAGACCAGACAACCUGGUGGCAAAAAGUGGCGCUGGACUUUUCAUCAUGUUCUGAAAAAUAACACAGAAUACUACAACUCACCUUGGACUACCAGAAAGAAGAAACAUCCGCCACCUCAUAACAUUGAAAUGUUUGUUGGCAGUGCAUACUUUACACUCUCACGGGAAUUUGCACUUUUUGUUCAGUGGAGUUCUCUAGUCAGAGAUUUCUUGGUUUGGUCUGAGGACACAUACUCACCUGAUGAACAUUUUUGGGCAACCCUGGUUCGUGUGCCUGGAGUACCAGGAGAGGUGCCAAGAUCUUACCCUGAUAUCACAGAACUGACAAGUAAAUCCCAUCUGGUGAAGUGGGUUGGUUUUGUAGAUGUUCUUUACCCACCAUGCACUGGAGUCUAUCAAAGGGAAGUGUGUAUUUAUGGUGCUGCUGAGCUCAGAUGGCUUCUUGAUUAUGGUCACUGGUUUGCUAACAAAGUGGACCCAAAUGUGGAUCCUAUCCUUAUUGAAUGUUUAGAGACGAAGCUUUUAGAAAGACAUCUGAUGUCAAAUCAGCAGUAAAACUAUCUGAAUAUUUCUUUGUUACUUUUGGACAUGCAUCACAGUAUAAAACUCAUUGUAUUUCUUUGUA